AUGGCGGACGGCCUGCCUGAGGGCUUCCCGUCAGGUUAUGCUCUCGACUUGGCAGAAAGAGCCAAGGCCUUCGACUUACUGCUCAAACCCGCGGCACAGGUUUUGCACACAGGAACGGCCGGCCGACCAAGCCCGCCGCGUCCCUCACCUACCUCCAGCGCACGUACCAGGGCAGGGAGACUCAAGGCAGCCACAAGCCUGCUGUCCAAACCUCCGCAGCAGACCGCGAGCAACGCUGGUCCUUGGCUCCGCGCACGAAGGGCGAAAAACUUCCUACCGAAAAAGCGCCCAGGCACAAGAAGGCAGACAGCAGCCGCCGCCAUUUUAGGGACGCCCGCCAUCCUGCAGAACCGGUCUCCGUGCCAGGAGACAGGGAUUCAAGCCAGCAGCACUAAUGAGGUUGGCUACCCAGAAAAGACAGAAUGUGAGCUGUCUCCCUCCCCUCAGAAGAGCGACGCAGCCAGCAGUGGUUCUUCCCCCAUCACUGAAACGUCGUCCCCCACCUCUUCCUCGUCGUGGUCACACAACACGUCGGCCUCCUCUCCCAACACCUCUGUAGAAGAGAGCAGCCCGGAACAGAAGGAGCAGGGCUCCUCCUCCCCUUUGGUGACUGACGACACAGGGACACCUGGAAAGGCAGCCCUCUCUACCCCACAAGCCGAGGGAGAAAAACAAGUUUUCCUCUCGGUGUUCCCGAGUACACCUCUUUCAAGACCGCCUAAUCAGCUACGCCGGGAUGUAAACAAAUCCAGCGCAUCUCGAGAAACGCAGCUGCGCCCCCUUGCUCGCAACAGCUGUGUGCUGGGGCCGCCCGAGGAACCAUUUCCUUCACUGCCAUCUACAGGGGCUCCAAACGGCACCAAACUCUGCGAACCACAGGUUCCUACUACCAACACACUGCAGAAGAACCAGGGGGUACAAAAACCUGCGGUUUCAACCCAAAAAUGUACCCCACCCACUCAGCUACCUGCUAGACCUGGGUCUACUUCCCAGCAAGAGACCGUCCUCUACAGGCCAACCACUAGGAAAACCUCCUUUCGGUCUGCGACACAAGAGGCAAUCUCCGCACAAUUAGCGGAAGUUGAGGGGGCACACCGCGUGCGAAUUAACUUCGGCCGCAAUGUUAUCGCUGUCGACGUUGCCGCGGGAGCACCGCUUGCGCCCCUCCUCGCAGUUUCCGACAUUUGCGAGAUUCCCGUGCGUGCCAGGCGGGCGUCAACCAACACCUGCAGUGGAAUAAUCCACAAUGUCGACCCAGCACUCACGGAGGAGGAACUACGCGACAACAUCGCAUCGCAGCUCCCUGUACUGCAAUGCACGUGA